AUGGCAAAUAUUUUCGUCGCAAAUUGCAAGUUGCCCCUGAUAUAUCCCAAAAAAGUGGGCAGCGCUUUUAAGCUGAUUUUUGGCUUUGGUGUACCCUGGGAUGGUUUGCUAGUGGAAACUAUUACUUCAGGUAUGGUAUGGCGAGUGCAUUUUCGUCUACCAGGAUCCUUGCAGCAAUUGAAGCAUAGGCAUUAUACAACUCUUGGACGUAGAUUGGAUAAUUGGUCAGAAGAUUAUGCUGAGCAUCAUUUCCCAGGUAAUUCCACCUGGGCACUUAAAAAUGGUCUGGAAUUGGAAAAAUAUGUUCAUACCAGUUAUCGUUGGGGAUUUUAUCAAACUAUGGAGGGUUUGGCCACAAGAAUAGGCUUAAAUGGCCGUUUGUGUGUUUUGAAGAGUAUUUGCGAGGCAGCCAAAGAUCCCUUUCACAUUGAUAAUGGCUUAUGGGCUGAACUGUUGAAUAUUUUACUAAUGCCCUCCUCUUCGGUGGACAAGUUGUCUCAGCACAGUGACAAUGACUAUUACCAGGCUGAAUAUAUGGGUCGUUCAGGUGCCAAUUGCAAUAAGGUCUUUGCAAGUUGUCCACGUUCUUUACUGGAUCAUUUCAGCAAUUUUUAUAAACUCACAGAUGAGCUAAGGCAGGCUUUUUAA